GAAAUAUACUUGGUCAUUUAUCCGGACUCUCACUACCCUGACCUGAGCCUUUCCUUCAUCGUAUCAUACAGCUGCACCAUGCACGACGAUCUCAACACAUCGGCUGAUCGAGUGGGCUUAUUCUCUGAGGCAAUCGAUCUCUGCCAGCAACUCAAUAGCGUCCUCGCGCGAAUCGGGCCGUCUCGCACCAUCCCAGAUGCGACAUGUUCUGUUGGCGAAGACAAGACUACCUCAGAACUGCACGACCUCGAGAGCAUCCUGCAACGCAAAUUCUCAGCGUUGAUCGAAAGAAGAAACGCGGUCCUUUCAACGACCUCAAGAUUGACCGAUGAUCUUCUUCGCCUUAUCUUCCAGCAAGGAUACGAUGAUCUUGAAGAAAGGGUAGAAAAGGCUACUUUUGCUCGCCACGUUUCGCACGUUUCACUCCGUUGGCGUGCUCUUGCUAUCCAUACCGCAACGCUAUGGACUCACGGGACAUUCUCUUCGUCAAGGGAUCUCUUCGGCAAAUCAUCGCACCCAUGUUACCCCAAGAAGAUCAACCAAAACCCGUUUAACGCCCGGCUACUUAAGAGAGCCAAAGGCUGUCUCCUUAACGUCCUGGUCAAGCUCCCCUGCUGUCACGGUCGCGGCAUUCAGGACAUGCUAAAGGAGUAUUUCACGGUGUCUCGGGACCGCGUUUCUCAUCUCGAUCUUACUGUCGUGCCCACUGGAUCUAAUUCGAUCCAGACAGCAUUGCAAUGCAUCGAACACACCCAAAAUGUUUUACGCACGUUGCAUUUCACGAUCAAUGUCGAAGACCACCACAACGUACCCUCUGUGGUGACCA